AUGGAUAAGAUAAACUUGACCAAGGAGGAAUAUGAUCUAGUUGAAAAGGUUUAUGAUAUGUUCAAGAAGGGACAACAGGUAGACAAGGCGACUCUUGAGAAGGUGGUACAUAUGCAGAAGAGUGUACAACUGCUCAAGCCACCUUAUAAGAAUAACUUGAUGAGUCAGUUCAGUACUGGUAUGAGUCAGCCUUUGAGCGAGACACCACAGAAGUCAUACAGCACUGUAAAGCAGGUCAUUGAACGAAUGGAGCAACUCAAGAAGCUGGGCAAUGACGCGUUCACCAGAGAGGAGUACUGGUUCUCUGUGUCAUACUACACGAUGGCACUAAGAUGUUUCGAUAAACACUCAAUGUCACUUGCCAAUGCUGAUGCACAGGAAGUGAAAGAGAUGAGGAAGUUGGCCGCGAUCAUUUCCACCAACUUAUCCCUAUCAUACGUUAAACAGGACUACAUUCAAGAGUCAGCGACCGUUGCCGAGAAGGCGAUUGCCUAUGACGAGACGAAUGCCAAGGCAUUCUUCCGAUCGGGCUACGCCCUACAGCGACUGGGCAUGGUGGACAAGGCCACGGCACACUAUCAACAUGGACUGAGACUGGCCACAAGCAGCAAGAACAACGCACUUCAUGGACAGAUCAAGAAGGAGCUGGAUCAUGUCUUCUUGCAGCAGAGGCAGAAUGCUGCCAAUCGUAUACACACACGAACACGUAUCGCCAACGACACAUCAUUCUCUGCAUUCCCCGUCAGCCUCGUUUGGGAUCCGGUCAAGGGCAGGACACUCUCGGCCAACAAGGACGUCCCCAAGGGCGCCCUAAUCCUUCGUGUUGCUCCCUUUGGUGCUGCACUGAUCGAUGAAACCCUGUCCACUCAUUGUUCUUCAUGCUUUCGUAACAUAAGCUUCUGCAAACAUGUACAUUGCUCAAAGUGCAAGAUGAAUACAAUGUGCGAGGCAUGUAAUAGUGACAAGACGAUCGCUGAGGAGCAUGCCAAUGAAUGCGAUUUGUUGGCCUUCUUGCACAAGCACACUCCCAAUGCUCAGACGACAGACUUCCGAUUCAUGAUUCGUGUGCUGUUGCGAGCAGUCCAGCACUUGGAGGGCAAAGCCAACAAGCAAAGCACACCGGAAUCAUGGCGAAAGGAUGGCGCACCAUUCAUCUAUGACACGUUGGACGACCUGGAUCACCUCUCGGAUGUGCCAUCCAACAUUGACGAGAAGAAGAUGGAAGCUUUCACCACGGCCACAGGUGCGAUCACCAGAGUGUUUGACAUGGUCAAGGGACCGACAUUCCUAGCGCAACUGGGCAAGCAGCACAUCUUAGACCUUUACUCCAAGAUAUUGUUCAAUGCACACGAGUACAUUGACCCUCUCCAUCAAACGGCGGUUGCACGAGGCAUCUUCCCAACUGGAGCCUACCUAAAUCACUCGUGCCAACCCAACUGCAUCUGGUACACGGACAACAAUGGCAUGUUGGCCUAUCGCAGCACACGGGUGAUCAAGGCAGGCGAGGAGAUCGUCACCUCCUAUCUGGACAUCACGAUGGACCGAUCAAAGAGGAUCAAUCGACUGCUGGAGCAAUACGCAUUCUACUGCACGUGUAGUCGAUGCAGUGCCGACGACAAUGAGUAUCACUGCCCCGACUGCCGCGAGCCACUGAGCACCAAGCAUCUGAAGAUCUGGGAGCCACAGCCAUCGAUCAACUUUGACGGACGUGUGCAUCAGUGCAGCAAGGGACAUGCCACGAUGUCUGCAAUGUUCGAGGUGCUCCAGGAGAUGUCGCACAAUCUACCUAUCUUUGGAAAAGGACCAGUCAUCGACAUAGGCCUGCGCUCGUUCUUCCAGGAUGGAAGCAUGAUGGUGCUGAAUCACUAUUCGUCGCGAGCUACCCAAGCAAUGGAGAAUGGUUUAUAUGAUUUAGUACCAACUACAAUGGACAGGCUGUGGCAGUGCUACAAGGAUGCAUUUAAAGACCCCAGGGACCUAAUACCAUAUCGAUACGUUGGAGACUGUGUUCAAGUGCUAUUCCCCUUGGCCAAGCGUGAUAAGAGCAUCCCGAUAAUGGGUCAGGUCAAAGAAAAGUGUCGAGCAACACUAGAGCUACAGAUACAACUAUCUACACAUCACAUACUUUGUGAGUUUGAACAACUAUUUACAAUCAAAUAA